UAUUUUGGGUUCGUUGUUAGCUUCACAGACAGACUGGACAGACCAGCAGACAGAGGUUGAUUAUUGUCGUUUUGCUUGUCCAGGCUUCGGAAAAUACUUUCUACAUUGCUGUGCCUUGUUGUUAGAGAUAAGAAUGACGACUUCGCAGCUGUUGCCACUUGAACUCGUGGACAAAUGCAUUGGGUCCAAGAUUCACAUCAUCAUGAAGAGUGAAAAAGAAAUUGUUGGAACCUUACUUGGUUUCGACGACUUUGUCAAUAUGGUUUUAGAAGAUGUGACUGAAUUUGAAUCAACACCUGAAGGAAGAAGAAUUACUAAACUUGAUCAAAUAUUAUUAAAUGGAAAUAAUAUAACAAUGCUGGUUCCAGGAGGAGAAGGGCCUGAAGUGUGACGAUAACUCUUUAAUUCUCUUGUUUCAUUCAACUAUUAGCUUAGAAAAAGCUAUCAUAUGCUGACAAAUGUCAAUGGCUCAAUCCAGUGCUGCCUACAAAAGCUUCCUUGUCAAGCAUGGACUAUUUCUAAUUUAUUUUAUAUAUCUUACUCUCAAACUUUGGUUGUUUUAAGAACUUGGAUUAUGUUUGAAACUGUCUGGGAUUGAUACUAUGUCAUUAAAUUUGUAUCAAAAUGGGGA